AGGAUUUGCUUGCUUCUCUCACAGAGCCGCCAUUCUUUGAUGAUUGGACAGCGGCAAACUUCAAAGUCUCCCAUCUUAUUUGUGAGUGGCUGGCAGCCCACCAAAAGUGCUUAUCACGUUCUCUCAAGUGAUCCGACGCCGCCGCGUCAGAUAGUGCGAGCAGAUCCGCGAGAGAGGAAGGGCGUCGCGUCGGAGGCUCGAAUCAAAACCACUUCUUUUUGGGGGGCCUCUUUACGGUUUGUGAAUUUGAAGGCACUUUUUUUGCGCGUGCUGUAUUGCGCGUUUCUUGCCCAGGCGGAGGAGGACCAUGGCAGCUGUGGCUGUGCUGCGGAACGAGACACUUCAGGCUUUUCUGCAGGACCGCACUCCCAACUCUUCCCCGGAGAACUGCAAGCACUCCCCGCUGGCUCUCCUGGCCGCCACCUGUAACCGCAUCGGGCAUCAUCAUCACCACCACCACCAUCCCCCGCCGGGGUCCAGCCCGCCCGACUUCCUCCCGGUCCCUUACGACCCCACCACCCUGGGCUCUCCUUCGCGUCUGUUCCACCCGUGGACUAACGAGGCCAGCCCGCCGAGCAACUCCUCUUUCGGACUAUCCUCCAAACCCCAGCCAUUGAGUUCCUUCGGCUCCCCGCACGAGUUGCCCCUCACCCCGCCCGCCGACCCCGGCUACCCGUAUGACUUCUCCCCGGUGAAGAUGCUGCCGUGCUCCAUGCAGUCCGCCUGCCCGCCCACUUACGUGCCGGCCGUCAGCUACGCGACGCCCGCCCCCAUCCCUCCUGCCAUGCCCACCUUCGUCACGGGCCACGCGGGCCAGAGACAGCUGUCCCCCAACCCGGCCGAGGACAUCCCGUGGUGGAGCCUCCAGCAAGCGGGCAACCACGUGGGCCACCCGCACCGCUUCCAGCUGCAGCGGGGUCUGGUUCUCCACGGCCACUCGGCAGACUUCGCCCAAUAUCAGACGCAAAUUGCGGCUCUUUUGCACACCAAGUCGCCGCUGACCACCGCGCGCCGUUGCCGGAGGUGCCGUUGCCCCAACUGCCAGUCGGCGUCCGCGUCCGGCGGCGGGGGCGACGAGCCGGGCAAGAAGAAGCAGCACGUGUGCCACAUUCCGGGCUGCGGCAAAGUUUACGGUAAGACGUCGCACUUGAAGGCCCACCUCAGGUGGCACUCGGGCGAGAGGCCCUUCGUGUGCAACUGGCUCUUCUGCGGGAAAAGUUUCACCCGCUCGGACGAGCUGCAGAGACACCUGAGGACUCACACCGGGGAGAAGCGCUUCGUUUGUCCGGACUGCUGCAAGAGGUUCAUGCGGAGCGACCACCUGGCCAAGCACGUCAAGACCCACCAGAACAAGAGGGGAAAGUGCGCGGACAAGGCUGCCGUGGUGGAGCAUGUCAAGAGAGAGGACUCGAGGAAUCAUUUUCUGUGACCACAUGUUUAAAAAAAAAAAAAAAAAAAAAAAAAAAAAAAAAAAAUCAUCAGUGCAAUACUUUUGGGGGCAAAGGUGAGCUCAUUUCGUGAAUAUGGCAACAUUUCUGGUUGUUUUGAAAAGUGCGCAUGGGACCACCCAGGGUUGACAUUAACUUUGAUCAACUAUUGCUUAUGAUCUCCAUGGAAGAUUUGUCUCCCCCUGUAAAUAUUAUAUUUAAUAGCUUUUGUUGAAUGAAAGUGUCAAGUUUUUGCUCCAUCGGGAGGUGUUUUUAAGCAUGCUCUUGAAGAUUUGCUAUUGUUGAUAUGACCAAAAGACAGUCUGAGAAUAAAGAUUAUAACAUUUUCCAUAUGUCAUCAUAAUCCUUCACUUAACGUCGUCAUCAAUUGUGGGGAAAGUUGACUAUUUAACUUAGCUGAACUUUCCCAAAGUAUAUGAUUUGAAGCAUUUUAGGGAGAAAAAAAACAAGUAUUAAUUUUUUCCCACUGUAUGAAGUUUUGACUUAUCACUGACUAGACACAUGCAGUAUAAUGAUUACUUGCACAAUAUAAUUACAAAUACAGAGAAUAUUGAAAAUUAUUUACUGUGCAUCACAAAUCAUGAUGGAUGACAAUUUUACCAAGAAGCCUUUCUAAUAAAAAAGCAACUUAGGGAUGACGACGCUCAAUCGUAAUACACAUCUGACUGUUGUUAGAUUGACUAAAGCAGUGAAUAUUGACAUUGUGUUGUGCAACAAGUCUGAAUAUGAUUGUGUUGUAUACAGUGCAGAGUGACUGUGGAAAGAGUUUAUUAUUAUUAUUAUUAUUAUUAAUGAGUUCCCAUAUAUCAGUCAAUUUGGGUGAAAACUUAGAAAUUGUUAAUACACUUGCUACAUGUAUACAAGUACAUUUAUUAUUAUUAUUAUUGUUUUAUAUAUAUAUACACAUUUUUUUAAGUACAGAAAAUUUUCCAACGACAUGGAAGGUUAUGCUAAGUAAUAAUAAUAAUACAUUUUAUUUCUAGAGCGCUUUUCAAACCACACAAAGACGCUUCACAAGGGACAUGGAAUCACAGUACGAUAAAAAGGUAUUAAAAGGAUAAAAGAUUAAAAGCAAAAUAAAAAGAAAUAAACAUAUAUUAGAGUUAGGGGUUAGGUGGGUAAGAACGAGUGAACAGGUGUAUUUUCAGUCUGGAUUUGAAAAGUGAUAAGGUAGAUAUGCUGCGAAGAUCAGGGGGUAGGGAGCUCCAGAGCUGGGGAAGUAGUGAAAGUUUGUAAAAACUGUUUACUCAAAAACGAUACUUUAUGACAUCAAUAUUCAAAAUCAGUUGUAUCCUUCAAAAGUACAAGUAAGCAAAAGUAUUGUCAGUGUUAUUCACUGCAUGCCAGGAUUCUCUCAGUUGCAUUUUUGUGUGAGCUAGAGGAAUAUUUAUUGGCAACUGUUUGAACUGUUGUUUUUGACAUCUUGCCUCAGCAGCGCCACCUUCUGAAAGUGGCCACACUAGUUCAAUAGAGCAGAAAGUAAAGAGUUAUGAAAACAGGUUGUCUUGAUUUUCAUAUAUCAGGAAGAACGGAAUGGUAUCUGCUAUCAUAAACACUGCCCAAGUACAGUUCAGUUGUAUUAUACUGUAUUCUACUAUAGUAUCAACCUAUUUUUUAUUUUCACAUUAAAAAAAAAAAACAUCCAGCUUUUUUUAAAUUCAAUGAACCCUUGAUUACGUUACUGCGUUUUACCUUGUAUACUUCCAGUGAUGGUCAUAGAUAACCACUCCGUUUGUACUGAGUGGGCUGGCAGUGAUCGGUAAAACCAAUAAGUUAAUGAUGCUCAGUGUUAAAAAAAAUGAAAAUCACUUCUUAGCCACAAACACAAAAGGAUCAAAUGAAAAAGGGCAAGACGGUAAGUAGUUCAACUGAGGUCUCGCUGCACAAUGCUAAUGCAUGUUUAGUUUCCAUGAACUAUUGUACUUCAAACUUAGCCACCCAAAGCGCUGCAUCCCUCUAGUAUGGAAGUAAAUCUGGAGAUUCAGUUUGAAAGUUUAGCUGAUUUUUUUCACCCUCAAAAAUCAGCCACACACAAAAAAAGGAGCAGCGAAAAUUCUGAUGCAAAAUAAUCAACUACAAAUAAUUCAGUUGCAAAAAUUUCAAUUUCGAAGUCCAGGUAAUAAGGGAGAAGCAAUCAAUCCCUGCCUCAAUUUAUCGGACGCCCAGGCAAUCAGGUUAGGUUAUGCUUGAUACACGUCAUUGGUGUCAUUCCGCAGAGUAGAAGAAGAACAGCACGAGACAUUCGCUCGGCAAUGUCUGCAGUGAGUAUGACGUCUGAAAGUACAUUUAAAAUUGUUCGCAGCAUGUUGUGAUUGUUGUAUGUGUGAAAUAUUAGCCGGGGAUCGAUUGCUUCUCUCUAUAUGGAUGCAACUGAAUUUUCGCUACUGAAUUUUUUGUAUCUGAGUUUUUGUGAUAGAAGUUUUUUCAGGCCGAAUUUUGAUGCGAACAAAUUCAGUGGAACACUUUCAGCGGGAGCGAAGUGUUAGAAAUUCGAAUUCCGGUGGCACAAAUUUACUCCUAUACCUGUACAACAGUUAGCCUUAUAUAAUGCAAUGAAUUCUUAUUUUCCAAAUUUGUCUUCUUGUGUUGGAGAGAAGAAUAGACACAGACAGCCAGUUCUGUGAAGAUUUAACUUCAGGGUGCGAGUGACCAGUUGUGUGUACUCUGAGAGCACAGUUGCACUACAGUUGGCUCCACAGAGAAAACCACAGUGUCCUCUCAUCUCUGCUGUGGAAGGAAAAUGGCAGGAAUAGCCCUGAAGUCAAGAUAUUCAUGACUGACAGCCCUAGACUGGUUGCCUCGAGCAGAAUCCUCCAAGAAAACUUCAAACCCUGACAAGCAGGCACAGCGAUGUACUUGUUUGGUUUCUGCUGUGCAAUAGAAGUGGCAAUAGGAGUCACAUACAUUGAAUUUAAAAAAGAAAAAAGUCUACACACCCUUGUUCAAAUACCAGGCCUUGUGAAAUAAUACAAAAUAAGACAUUAGAAUAUAAAAGUCAUCCAGAAUGUGUUAGCAAACGUGUGCAGUUCCAAAGACAGAAAUAUCCUUCCAUUCCAAAGACAGCUAUAUGUGUCAGUUCCAAAGAAGGCUAUAUUCGUCAAUUCCAAAAACAGCUCUAUCAGUCAAUUCAAAAGAUGAAAAUAUCCGUCAACUCCAAUGACUGCUUUAUCCAUUAAUUUCAAAGACAGCUAUAUCCUUAAAUUCCAAAGACAGAAAUAUCCGCCAAUUCAAAUGAUGGCUAUAUCCCUCAAUUCCAAAGACGACUAUAUCAAUAUAGUAUAUAUUCAUCAGUUGCCAUGAUGUCUUGAUUCACCAAUUCCAAAUUGUUCACGGCGGAAAACACUCAGGUGACUUGAAGUUGCGCUCUGAGACCCCCAAUUUGGCCAAAUUUCAAAAUUAUCCUACAGUAUAUGCAUGUUUGAUACAUCAUUGGAAAGCUUCAAAUCUCAGUUUUCUGGGGAAAGAAAAAAUUUGAACUGGAGGGCAUUAAAAAAAAAAAAAAAAGUUUUAAACCCCUAAACCCUAACUCAAGGUGAGAGCAAGAGAGGGCAUAAUUAAAGACACCAUUAUUUAACGAGAUAUUAUCGCAUACUUACAGUGGGGAGAACAAGUAUUUGAUACGCUGCCAAUGGGUAUCAAAUGCUUGCUCUCCCCACUGUACCUUGUUUCGAUCCAAAAACGUGUAGCAUGUCUCACCUAGUGUCAAGACACAGCUGUGAAUGGCCACAGUCGGACGUUCUGGGGAUUUUAUGGGUGAAACAUGGUAAUAUAACACGGGUCGCAAUGCAGAAAUCGUGGUCGAGAUUUUCUUUUUCAAAUAUUUUUUUGGUUCAAUUUUUCUUUGUUUGGAUCGGUUAUUUAUCAUCUAAAAAUGCGACAGUAACAAAAAAAUACAAUUAAGCGAUAAUUAUGAGGUAGAUAUCCGUGACCUAUUUACAGACACAAUUGUGGCGUAAUUUGUUUAAAAGUUUAAAAUAUGUGAAUGAACAAUUUUAUAAAAUCGUUCAAUUAAUGAUUCUAAGCUAAAAAUUAUAGACAUUUCAAAUAAUAAAUAUAAUUACCUUCUUUUUAUGGCUGGGUUGAAACAAAAGCGGUUGCGCGGUGUCUGUAAACCGGGUUCUCCAGGGUAAAACGGACAAAUUAAAAAUAGGUCGGGGGCGUAAUGCACAACAGUUCUUUUGGCUUAAAAUACAGCAGUUUAUUUUAAAGAGGGGUGCAAGAGCAGAAACUGCUUUUUCAGCUUUGUCUGUGUUUUCCGCCAUACGCAUACCUGUCAACCCAAGGCCGUUGGCAAUCUUACAAAUCGUGACGUACGCCCUUGCAAAUUGGUGACUAAUCUUACAACGUUGUAUAUAGCGUGCAAUAUGAAACCAAAAAAAACCCUCAAUUUUUAAAAUAAUAUGAAUUAAUUGGUAAUAUUUUAACAUAUAACCUGGUGCUAUCAAAGAACAAUCAAUAUCUUCAGCUACAUCAUGAUUACUAAAAUUUAACAGUGACUUUUGUUAAAAUUGUAUGUAGCACUUUUGGCAGAGUCUAUCAUGUGUUGAUGGCUGCACUUCACUUCAGCUCACAAUUCAGUUUGACUUGAAGGUAGUUCGUUAGUGUGUCCAAUUAUAAAUUAAAAAGGUCAAUUGAUAAAAUUAACCUACCGCUGCAAUCUUUGAGUCAAGGAACAUUUCUUUUGCUAAUUCUGAGAAGUGAUCAGCAAUAGUUGUGGCCAAAUUGUGUUCAGCAACAAAUUGGCCAAAUAAAAUCUCGGCUUUCGUCACUUUUAAUUCUGCAGACUUCAUCUUUAUGACCAGUGUUGUUAAUCUUACUUUUAAAAAGUAAUUAAUUACAGUUACAAAUUACUUCUCCCAAGAAGUAAUUGAGUCAAUAACUCAGUUACCUGAAUGUAAGAGUAAUUAGUUACUUGGCAAAGUAACUGGCGUUACCUUUCAUGUUUUUUUUGUUUUUUUUUCAUUUUCAAACAAAAAAAAAACAAAAAACAUAGUAACCUUUGCUAUGUUUGGAAGUAAUUUAUUGUUGUGAAUCAACUGUUGAAGUUGUUAAAAUUGCUCCCGUUUUUGCAUUAGUUCCCUUCUGUCUACUUCGACAUGUGAACUUUUUAAAACUGUUUCAUCAUUUAAAGACAGAUUUGAGUCAAGAUUUUGCCGAUUGAGGAGUAUUUUAGAUAAAAAGUUACUUAGGUUCGCUAGGAAGGUUCACUACAACAGAGCCUUUCUGAGAAGUCUACUGCUUUAAGAUGGCGGCUGUUUACUAACGCCGCCGAGUCCGUCAUUUCGCAUGUAGUUCUAUAUGCAUGUGAUAUCUAGGCAUAGAUUGUAGGCUGUCGGCUACAGUCAGGAAAUAUUGGAGCCAUCUAGCCUAGCAUCGCAUUUGCUACAGCGUCACAAUAAACACUCUUCUCUCCAUGUCUCUGACUUUUCUCAUGUCAUUCAACCAACAUAGUACUGCUAAGUAACGCACAUUGUCUCGUUGCCGAAACGGUGACAAAAUCCAAACGGGGAAAAAAAAAACUAGGGCUGUCAAAUUUAUCGUUUUAACGUGUGGUAAUAAUUUUUUUUUCAAUUAAUCACGUUAAAAUAGGCUUUGCUGCAAACAGACUAAAAUGGCGCCGUUUUAUGUAUAUUAAGAGCUAAGAGGCAGAGACAAGCAAGUGGAGUGGUCGCAGGCAUUCAUUGGGGCCGCGGUAUUUAUUGGCAUAAGCUUUGGAAUCUCUUCCACAACAAUUAUAACUAUUGUGGCGAGCGAUGUGAGGAAGAAUGACAGGAGAUGAUCUUUUACUUAACACCAUGUAUUGAACACAACGCAGAGAAGCUAUACCAUUUGCUGCCACCACUGACAGUCAUGGUUGCCCAACUUCCCAUUGCGCAUUUGAGCGGAACAGUUAAGUGUUCAUUUACUGAAAGCACAACAAAAAUAAUAUUCCUAUCUCAAAAAAAAAAAAAAAUGUUCACACAAAGAAUAGCGCUCAAUGCAAAGAGAACUGGCAUUCCCAAUCAAAACAGCUAAGCAAAAUAAUACUCAGACUUUGGUCAAACUCUAUUCAAACAUUUCGUUUAGCUCAACAAAUAUACAAGAUGGCAAUAUUUAGUCACAAUAUACAAACUAUCAGAGGUCUCGUACGUUGUGAAGUCAACACUCAAAUGAACAUAAGGUACAAUGAACCCGGAAACUACGGCGUCAGUCAAGGAGCAAAACGCACUAGAAAAUGUUGGCUAGAUCUCUAAUUAAUCUAAAACUCUCCCUUACCACCUUGUGGUGUAUUUCAAUCACUACCUUCCACAAUGGCGAGCUUUUAGUUUACAAAUUUUAUUCAAACGAAAACAUACAUAGGGGUUUUCAUAUAAAAUUACUAUAACUUGUACUCACAUUUAUCUUUUAAGAAUUACAAUUCUUUCUAUCCGUGGAUCC